AUGACUAUCGCCCAGCGGCAGGGUGAGAGUGAAGCUGAGAAACGUGCUCGGAUGUUCCACUUCGUCUCCUCUUUCGCGGGCACUGAGAUUUUGACUGGAGCCGGCACGCGUCUCUGGUGCAGCUACUCGCGGACACCUGAAGAACGUGCUAUCGCGGGACAUGCCUCCUUGAUAAAAAGGGUUGUGGCCUCGUUCGACGAGACGGUGGCCAAAGAGAGCCUCGAUAUGGAGUACAAGACAGGAACGUGCUGGGGACCAGACGGCAUGCUUGGGUCGGUCCGUUUGCCGGUGCCGCCAAAACACGACCAUGCUGGGAUAGUGGUGGACAAGGACUCUGUCCAUAAGCAGUGGAUUGAUGUGGGGUUGCUCGCGAAGUUGCUUGGCAGGCGAAAACCGCAUGAUGGGACGUCUCCAGUUGGGUGGCCGUUUAAUUCAGGCAGUGCUUCAGUGGAACAGUCUGGCUUUCAGUUCGACUUCUUCGGAUGGAAUGUGGGUGGUUGUGAUGUCAAAGAUCUUGCUGCGGCGAUUAUUUCCGGAAGCAAAGCUCCCCUCGACCGAGACUCCUUGGUCACCCUGCAAGAGCUGCCGAGAGGGUCUGCUGGCUGGUCGAGUGAAAAACAGGGGACACUUGAAAUUGUGUCGCAUCGAUCUGAUGUCGCAUGGCGCGCUACAGGGAUCGCUUUCUACAGGGAUGUGUGGUCUGUCUUACAGAGGUUCUCCACGAUCAGAGGUACGUGGUUCAAACUCAAACACUUGCAAACUGGUGGUCUUGUUUGGGUGGGCUCGGCUCACUUCAACCCGGGAUGCACACACACCCAGUAUGAAAAGGAGGUCUCCGAUUUCCUCGCAAAGGCGCCCGGGGGGAACGUGCCGGUGCUUUGCCAGUGUGAUGCCAAUGCGGCUAUUAAAUGGGUGAGGGACGAUGGGAAGUCCGAACCGGCAGGGCUGGAUGGGAAAGCCAACGAGAUCCUCGGCCAGCUCACAUCCAAGGGGUUGGGGCUUGUUCCUCCCGGG